AUGAAAGUAAAACCCUAAUCGAUGGUAGACGUCGAAAGGAAAGAAAAGAAAAUAGGAGAACGAGUUUCCAGGAGACGCAGCUCUGUUGUUUCGUUGAAAAGAAAACAGGAAGGAAAGACCGACGGUCUGGCACACCCGGUCGUGCCUCUCUUCUUUUCAUCAAUGUCCCGGAAAUACGUAGACAAAAUUUCGCGCCACGACCGAACAGAAAAUAUCCAGAUAUCCGGAUUCAACUAGCAGCUUCCUUCGGCAAACAGCACCGACGUCUGAAGGACCAUUGGAUUCAACAGUAAGCACAAAAUGGCCCCCGUAAAGAGACGUCCUCAAACGCGAAGCAAUCACAAGAAGGUGCGUCGUCGUAAACCGAGCAUCUCCGAGCUGGUUUACAAGUAUCUCAACCUGGAUGACGGCAAACAGGGCGGAGAAAAGGCGUCAGAGAAUUACGGAGGGAAGUGCAGCUUUUGCAAGCGACAGAAACGCCGCAGAGAAGUUUUGGAUUCCCUGGAUUCUCGGAACACCAAGAACAUGGCCAACAAACGGAAAGAUUCGUCGAGAAAUUCCAAGCUACGUCGCGUGAAACGUCGCCCGACCACCAGGGACCAGACUUUGUCCUCUUGCAUGCACAAAUCCAAUGGAGGAGAAGGAAUUAAGAAAAUGAAGAGAUAUAUCCAGAAAGCACUCGAUUUCGGUGUAGAAUCCGGUUAUCUGAUCCCUAAAGACGCUGCGUACAAGGUUUUGCGCGUUUCCUCGGAUUUAAUGAACGAUGUUAAUUACGAAGCAAAGAAGUCGGGUAGCCCGGUUUCCCAAGCCAGAGGGAAAGGAGUCCGUCAAACCCCGAUCAGAUUCGAGGACUACGAGGUACAGGAUGCUAGGAGAGGUCGGCGAAGAAGAGGACGUAAAAGGCGAAGAAGAUCGAGAAGUGGAUCCAGAAGAAGAAGGAGGAGAUCCCGAAGGAGGUCUCGACGUGGAAGGAGACGCAGCGGAUCUGGAAACGCGGACGAGGUGAUCGAAGUCGAGAACGAGGAGUACGAGUACAAAAAUCAACCGGAGAAGAGGAACGCAACGGAAAAUGCAAACAGAGGCGACGAAAAUGAUCGAGUAAAUCAGUCUGACAGGGAAAAAGUAGCGAGUAAGAGGGAUGAUGAAGAGGGCUCGGAUCUGUCCGUCGACGAAGACGAAACCGACGAUGAAGAGGAAAAGAAGAGAGACGACACAACUAAAUCGUAGUCGUGAAAACGGGUCGUUAAACGAACGAAUUUUAGAUUAAUCGAAACAGGCGAGGAUAAUUCUUUGCUGCGAGAAAAAUUGGAAAACAACGUGACACGAGAUGUCCUUUAAUAUUUUGAAAUGUCCUAUAACAUUUUGAUCCAUUUUACAGUUUUCGAGUUCACGUAUGAACGUUUAUCAAUCUAUUUUUGUGGUCGUGGUUUAUAUAAAUGUACAUUAACCCAUACAUGUUUUCUGGUCAAUGAAACAAUAGCAUCGUGAAA